AUGAGGCCACCCACCGGCUCGAUGCUUGCUCCGAGGUCUACUCCACUGUCCCACGGUGCGCUCGCCGGGGCUGUGGUCGGUUCGAUCGUUGGCGCCCUCCUCAUCUCCUUUUGCGUCUUCCCUUUCGUCGUCCGCGCCAGACGUCGGCGACACGCCCACAAUGACGAUGCUGGCCUGGCCGAAAUGGGGCAAGGCCCGGGAGGCCGCCCUGUCCCCUUCCACACCGACCCCCAUGACCUCGACGACAACUCCUACAAAAGAUCCUCGGGAUCCGGCCCCGAGACGGCCGCUCUCGACGAUGGCCGACACCCGGCAGACUCUACCCACCACGGCAGCCAUCCUCAGUCCACCAAGCUGCCUCAGGGUAUCACCACUGCCGACCAAGGUUUACCAUCUCCUGUUUCCUUAACUACCUCCCCGGCCGACCCAUCUUUCCCCGCUACCGUCCCUCCUACUAUCUCGCAAUCGCCCACCGGGUCCUCAUCUAGCCCGCCACACGACCAAUCUAGGAGCACGGUCAGCCGCGAGAGCACUCGUGGAGUCAGCCUCGGAGAAUCGGGUGGUCGACCCAGUCGUGAACUGACCAACAUCACCACCGCCGGCAUCACCGAGGAGCCCGAGUCCUUGGAUCACCAUUCUCCCGGUUCUGAGCACCAUAGCCACUUCCCUCAUCUCAAGGAAUCGCUCCGUAGCUUCAUCAACCGACGCCAGUCUUCACACCAACGCCGUGAUAGCAAACGAUCUACCGCGACUGCUACUGAUGUAGCCCGCUCUCCGUCGGUCCUCACCCACAGCGACUACCUCGCGCAGUCCGAACCCGAGCAACUCGGGGCGAGCCUCGAGAUCGACGUCGACACUCCAGGCCUCGCCUGGGACUAUUACCACGAUCCCAACCUGGGUCUCGAACUGGCCGACAGCUACCCACAACCAGCACCCGAUCCGAGCGUCCCGACCUCUGCGCCAGCCGGCGCCGAUUUUGUCCCCUACGAAGUUUCUGUGACGGGUGGGGGGGCCCCCCUGCCUGCAGUCGCGAGACCGGCCUUAGAAAACCAAGACGCCAUCUCGGCCGACAGCGGCAGCACAGUCUCUCCGGGGAAAUUUGGCAGGCAACAGAACCCUCUACCGCUACAUAACCAGACAAUCUUUGGUCCUCUGCCCCGGACCGACAGUUUGCCAGUCCCCAUCAUUGUGUCGGAUCUCCCCAGCCCGCCUCAUCUUCAGUACACCUCUGCUGGUCCCAGCGGCAACCCCAUGGAGAUGAUGAACCCAACCAACUCGACCGAGAACGCGUGGAUGCUGCAGCAUCAGAUGCGCCUGAUCCGAGAUCCGCAGCCACUACCGCAGUCCCAACCAGAGUUGGGGCUAGCGUUAGAGUUGGAGCCGGAGCUAGCGCUGGAGCCGGAGCCGCAGGUGAAGCUCGAGCUAGACAGCCUCAGGGAGCCAUCCCCUACCGGGUCCGGGAAGCAAUAUAACUCUCCCGGCGCUGAAAUAUCGGACUAUUCGACACCGCCAGCAUCCACUGGACACACGGCUUUUAACUCUCCCGAGACGAGACUCACCCCCUUUACGGCCUCUCCGUCUCCCGCAGCUGACCUUCAGCCUCAACCUCCAGCCACACAAAACCACCAUUUGAUGCCGUCUUUCGGCAUUGCACCCGGUCCAUCACCGCCGGAAAUAUCUUCGCCCUCGCCAUCGCCAGGCCAAGUAUCAGCGCCAUCGCCAACCCCAUCGGCCCCAGAUCGCUCCCAAAUUCGCCCUAGCCCCGACGGCUUCUUUUAUUGCGAGGAUGAACGGUGCAUAGCAAAAGACAACAAAAAGGGCCCAAAAUACGAAAACCUCAAGCACCGAAAAUUCACCACAAAGCAUCAGUUCAAGCAUCACCGACGAUACCACGACUCGGAAUUCAAAUGCGAAUUCCCAGGCUGUGAGAUGGGGUUCGGAACUGUCACCCACUUGAAGCGGCACGAAAAUGACAAGCACUACAAAACUAUCAGAUUCUAUUGCCAGCAUCCCGGGUGCGAAUUUUCCAGGCAAGGCACCAGGUCCUUCCCGAGAAAAGACAACCGGAAAAGGCACAUGAAGACAAAACACAACAUGGAGCCUCGGAUCGACAAGCAGGAGGAGGAAGAGAACCGCCCAAUUCCCAUGGAUCUGUCUGAGGAUCUGUCAUGA